AUGUCGACCUCUCAGCCUCCGGGCGGUGACGGCGCGGCCUUCGACCCGUACACGCAAAACGUCACCUUCUUGGGCCCUGACGGCGUGACGCCCAUUGCGGUGCCCAUCCCCGAGAUAGACUCCUUCGACGACACGACCGUCGCCGUCACCAUCAACUACUCGAUCCAGAUCGGCUGCUGCAUCAUCACGCUGCUGGUGCUCCUCACCAUGACGCGUCCGCUCGUCAAGCUGCGGCGCGUGUCGUCGAUGCUCUACGCCUUUGGCCUGGCGACGUGCAUCGUUCGCAACUCCAUCUUCGUCGCCUUCUUCAUGUCGCCGCUCAACCACUUCUACCAGUCCUUUGCCGGCGACUACUCCAACGUCUCGCGCAAGUUCAUUGCCAACAGCAUCGCCGGCGACGUCAUGUCGUGCCUGCUUGUCCUCAUCGUCGAGGCAGCCCUCAUGAACCAGGCCUGGACCACGGUUCGCCUCUGGUCCGAACCGAUCCGUGCCCUCCUCGUCCUCGCCUCGGGCGUCAUUGUCCUCGUCGCUGUCGCCUUUCGCAUCGGCUUCCUCGUCGUUCAGGCCCGCGCUAACGUCGACCUCCUGGCACCCGGACCCGGCGAUCAAUGGGCCGUCCAGGGCUCCCUCAUCACCCUCGCCAUCUCCAUCUUUUGGUUCUGCGCCCUCUUCAACCUCAAGCUCGUCGGCCACCUCAUCACCAACUGGGGGGUCCUGCCCUCGAUGCGGACUCUCACCUCGAUGGAGGUGCUCAUCAUGACCAACGGUAUCCUCAUGAUUAUCCCUGCCGUCUUCGCGGGCCUCGAAUGGGGCACGUUCCAAAAUUUCGAGUCUCAGUCCCUCGUCGCCGCCUCCGUCAUCAUCCUCCUCCCUAUCGGCACCCUCAUUGCACAGCAAAUCUCUGCGCGCUCCUUCGCCGGCCCCGGCCCCGACUACUCGCUCUGCACCCGCAGCGACUGCUCUUGCGCCUGCCACCAUAGCACCCGCGGCGACACCGUCACCGCCACGGGAGGCAAGACAAUGCGUACCGGCGGCACCGCCGCGACCCGCACCGCCGAUAGCGACGGCGAUCGCGCAUCCUCGGCGGCGCACGACGAGAAGCACUCCUUCCUCUCCGCCUUCCGCCUCCACAGCUUCUCCUCCCCCGGACGCCACCAUCGCCACCAUCACGAUGCCUCUGCGGGUACCAGCCCCACCAGCACGACCGUGUCCGCCUCGAGGCACGACGAUGGUGACGCCGAGGCCCAUCAUCCUCCGGACCAGUUCGACGUCGAGCUCCGCCAGAUCGAUUCGGAGAGUGACCUGGGCGGCGACCGGCCCCCGUACCGGCGUGACAGCGGGUACCCUGGCGGCGGCGAGGGCAGGGAUGGGGAGAGGGACGUGGAGAAGGGCGUCUAG